AUGGUUGGGAGGGGAAUUGAGUUGGACCCACGAGUUUCAUUAAUGUGGAGCCACGAAAAUAGCAGGGUGCAUCCAUUUAUGACUUCUGCACCAGUUCUUGAGGUCAGAAUUUGCUCAUUCUUCGUGCCUUCUCAAGUGAAAUUAACUGGUGCAGAGGAGGAGAAUAAAGGUGAUCUGGGUGGCAGCAGGGAUCAGAAAGUUACAACACAGAGAACCCCAUCAUCCAAAGAUAAGAAAAAGGUCCAGAAUUGGUUCCAGAGACAGGUUUCAAGAAACAUGAGUCAUGAUUAUGACAGAGAAAUGGAGCAUGCCACAGCAGUAGCUGCUGCUGCAUUUGCAAUUUUUUCACAAGAGGUUUCACCAAUUCCACAGCAGAAGAAAAUGAGGGAGACAACUUUGAACAGGGGCAAAAGCAAGGUGGAUGACACAAACCCUCCAUCUUCUCAGUUUGGUAGCACAUCCAGACACUUCUCAGUGGAUGUAAAGAGGCCUGAAAAAGGCCUGAACCCAGCAUCAUCAAUGAGAAGGAGUUCAAGUUUUGGUGAACAGUUAAGGAGUAACACUGAUGGUAAAAAACCAGAGAUCCAAGUCCCAAAAAGGACUCGAACUUUUGGUGAUGAGAACUUGGUGAACACAGGUGAAGUAAAACCUGAGACCCCACAGCCAAAAAUUCCUCCACCGGUUUAUCAUCAGCCAGAACCUUUAAGGCCACCGCCGCCACCACCACCACCGAUCAGGCAGACUUCAGCAAGAUCAGGCAUCAAUGAAACAAAAGCACAUGCUUGGGAGAGAGAGGAGCAGGAAAAGAUCAAAGAAAGGUACGAGAAGUUGUUGGAAACAAUAGAUUCAUGGGAAAAAAGGAAGAAGGUGAAAGCAAUACGCAAGCUAAAUAAACUUCAGCAUAGUGACAGUGAGAGGAAAAGGGCGAAAGCGUUGAAGAAAUAUCAAGAGAAUAUGGAGUAUAUAAAUCAGAUUGCAGGGGGAGCCAGAGCCCAAGCAGAGGAAAGAAGAAGGAAUGAAGUGCUGAAAGCAAAAGAGAAAGCAAAUAUAAUUAGAACAACAGGGAAGGUUCCAGGGCCAUGUUCCUGUUUCUAA